CGCGCUCUUUCGUCGCUCAGUUCCACUCACGGUUCACGGUGCACGCAUCGCGCGCUGACGUCAUCAAACGAGACCUCGUCUCGUCGCCCGAAGCGCAGAAGCGGCUGACGCAGUCGCGAGGGAGCAAGAAGAUAAUAAGAAUAAGAAUUGAUAAGAAGAGGAGAAUAUCGAGCGCAAGAGCGACAGAGAAUUAUACGCCAGAGAAAGACAGAAAGAGAGAGAGAGAGAUCGAGGAACGGGAGGAGAAAUGCACCGAGAGCGAGAAGGACGGGAGGAACGCGGCGAGCGGCCAAUCGGCGACUCGGGGCACCCGCGAGCGUAGGGCGUAGGUGUGGGUCUCGCAUUCGUCAGCGGCAUCGGGGCCGGCGAUGAUCUCGGCGACACGCUCGAUGGAGGUUAGGUUCGCCCGCGAGCCACGACGACGGUAAAAGAGUGUUUGUUGGCUGCGAGGGACCGCGAGAAGCCUUCCUUUCGCGCGUAUCGCGUACGUACGUGCGUCACGCGACCGCGUAUCAAUCGUGUCGAGUGUGACCUACCGAGCCUGCCCUCAAACGGAGUGAAUAAUGUCGAGCAGCGUGUGCCACGCGCCCCUGCCAGCCCGAAUGGAAGCGUUCACCACGAGGCUCUGCCUGCGUGCGGUCGACCAGUAUGAGCGGCUUCUUCAGACGCACUUCAACAAGAUCUCUCUGGUUGCAGCCCUCGAGCAAGGAGCAGACCCGAUUGAGCAAUCAUGAUUCGACGGGCAGCAAGGAUCACCGUCGACAUAAGGAUGGGUCCGGCAGUAGCAACAGCAGCAGCAGCUACAGCGCUUUCCGUCAAUGGCGACGAAGCACCUCGACGGGCUCCCACAACAGCCGCUCCAGCAGCGCCGGCUCCAGAUCGUCUCACUCGCUCGCCAAAUUGCCCAAUGAUCCGGCCACCAUCCGGAAGAUGGAACAAUUCCCCCUGGUCCUGUCCGACGCGACGAUGCCGGACGAUGCCGAUCUCUCCCUGAAAUUUCUCGCCCUGAAUGCUCUGGAUCUGACGGCGCCGGCGAGCGAUGUGCUGCUGAAGAACCGAUUAAAGUCCUGGUUUCAAUUGUCGGGCCAUCCGGAUGGUUUCGCACCUGCCGGUCCGGGCACUGUCUGGAAAAGGAAAACGGGCGGCGCCGAAAACACAGAGCGCAUCGUUUAUGAGACUCUGAGCAAAGAAGAAGCGUUGCGGGAUUGCAUACCGAGAUAUUACCGAGAGGUCGAAUACAAGGGCGAUACGUUUAUCGAGCUGCAGGAUUUGCUGUUUGGUUUCAACGAUCCCCACGUGAUGGAUAUCAAGAUGGGCACGCGGACCUUUCUCGAGUCCGAGGUAUCCAAGACCACCGCCAGGCCGGAUCUCUAUCAGAAGAUGAUAGCCGUCGAUCCGGACGCGCCGACCCAGUUGGAGCACGAGCAACGCGCCGUAACCAAAUUACGGUAUAUGCAAUUCCGUGAGCAACAGAGCUCGACUUGCAGCCACGGUUUUCGCAUCGAGGCGAUGAAAUUGCCGGGCGCGCCACCGAUCACUGAUCUCAAGAAGGUCAAGUCGCAUUCGGAUGUACUCGACAUCAUAAGGCAGUUUCUCGAUAGGCGCGAGGACACCCGUCAAAAAAUUCUUGCACGCCUCAAAAAUUUACGAAUCAAGAUUGAAGAGUCCGAAUAUUUUAAAUCCCACGAGGUGAUUGGCAGUAGUAUCUUUAUAAUCUACGAUAGCGAAAAGGUGGGCGUUUGGCUAAUAGAUUUCGCAAAGACACGCGAGGUACCGAAUGGACGGAAGCUUACGCAUAGGCGUCCUUGGGAGGAAGGCAACCAUGAAGAGGGUUUUCUAUUUGGAUUAGACAAUCUAAUUUCGACCAUGGAAGAAAUUUUCUCCAUAAAUACUAAAUAAAUUUGCACGGCAACGUUCAGAGAUAUUUCUUUCUGCACUAAAAACAUUUUUUCGAGCGAAAAAAGUAUUUGUAUUACAUCAUUUCUUUUUGUUUAAAUAAUCUUCAAUUCAAUAGUCGCAUCAUAAUCGAAAAGUAGAAUAUAAGUAAGAAGUUUUGAUAAUCAUAAAAGUGACGUGUACUAGUACUUGUUUCUUUUUCACUCACUUUUUUUGAUCGCAAGUUUUCGACGUGUUCGCUAUUUAUGUCAUCGAUAUAUAUAUGUAUUGGUAUUUUAACACGAAAGACUGCUUUCUAUUGCAUUUCGCGCGAAUUUUUGUAAGAGACAUCUUGAAACGAAAUCCGCAACGCAUUACUCCAUGUACAAACGUGUAAUGUACAAAAGUAGUUUUUAAGAUAGCGAUAAGUAACUCUAAUUUGUAAAUUAGGCGAAACUUAUUUAUGAGAAGUGCUUAUACGUUAUAGGAAUAAUAAUGAUAAUAACAAUGCGUUCUUACUUUUUCUAAAGAGUACUCGUCGCGUGCUCGAUCGCUUCGUGUGUUUGAACUUGUAGUAAGGAAUAAAUCUUCAUAUACAUUUAUGUAAA